AUGUCCCCGCUUCCUCUUGAAUUGUUACAACAAAUUUCGAAAGACGCGCAGUGGGACGAGACUAUCUUUACCCUUCGGCUGGUGUCGCGCGCCCUCAGAGACGCCGCAACCCCCAUUGCCUUCCGCGAAAUCGUUGUGACGGAUUCUGUGAAGAGCGGGGCCGCGCUACUGUUCCUAGAGACCUGCACCUUGAGCGUGGCUCCUUUGGUGGAAAGCGUCCGCUUUGACGCGCCCGCUUCUGAUAGAUGGACGAGUGGGGCUUGUCCAGUAUUUUGGAAUCAGGAUGCAGCGACUGAUUUGAUUUCAGGUCCCCCCGAAGAGGUAGAAUCGCAAGCACGGCGAGUGGCGUUGUCGGGUGCUUUCUCGGGCCUCUCGAACUUUCCUCGCCUGAAAAGCCUGCAUCUUGAAUUCCACGACACUUUUCAAGAAGAUGGUUCCCACGACAUCCCCGAGCAGCCGACGCACUAUCUUCUUCUUCAACAAGAAAUUUUCGCGGCUUUGGCUUCCCGGCCUCUGUCCACUCUCAGAUCUUUGACCCUCCACAAUCUAAUCGCCGUCCCACACGACAUCUACACUCGAGACGGAUUCCGAGCGCUGUUCAAAUCGGCCAGGACUGUGGAUAUUUCUGUGAUUUCUGAUGUGGACUACGAGGGGGCUUACUUUCAAGAUCCGCUGGUUGAUUACUGGAACAUCAGUGUACCCAGCAUGCUGGAAUAUGCUGAUGAGGUACGCACACUGGUGAUCCGCAGUGACCAAGGCGUCGGCUCCCAGCCUGCUCUCAACGUAGCGACCCUCCGAUUUCCCCGUUUAACAGCCUUGUCGCUGUACGACUUCGUUUUCGUGGAUACUGCGCUGGAAUACAACAUGCUCUCGUUCAUCGUGCAACACGGGAAAACAUUGGAAUCGCUCGAGCUCGCCGAUUGCUCGAUUGACGGGGACGAGAUGAUCGAUUUCCCGUACCCCUGGCACGCUGUCCUGUCCCGCUUUGAAGCCGAGCUGGAGACCCUCAAACGAUUCGUGUUCCAGUCAGAAUCUGGUGAGGAACAGUUCUGUUAUACACGACUUGAUGUGGGGUUCGGUUACAUGUCACUGGACGCCGAACACGAGGCGGAAGCCAUUCCGCCACCAGAUCUCGACUCUGCCGCUUUGGAGAGUCUACUUGCUGUAGUUCAGUCUAGACAGUAG